AUGGCCGUCAACGAAAUCUUCCAGUACUCCAUCAUCUCGGCCCUCAUGGACGGCGUCGCCUCCACCGGCCUGCCCGUGUCCCAGCUCAUCGCCCACGGCGACCACGGCCUCGGCACGUUCCGCCACAUGGUCGGCGAGAUGAUCAUCCUCGACGGGAAGCUCUACCAGAUGAAGUCGGACAACACCGUCCACCCCGUCGACACGAGCCCGGCCUCGGACGCCGUCGCCCCCUUCGCCAUGGUCACCCGCCUGCGGCCGACCGCCACCGUCCGCGCCGCCUUCGCCGACAAGAAGCAGCUCUUCGAGCACCUGUCGCGGGAGUUCCCUGACUCGAAGAACUUCUUCCUCGCCAUCCGCAUCGAGGGCGUCUUCAAGGGCAUCACGGUGCGCACGGCGGGUGGGCAGAGCAGGCCUGGCGAGGGCCUCGUCGAGGUCGGCCGGAACCAGGCGUCGCACACGUUCGAGGAGCCGGUGCGCGGCACCGUCAUCGGGUUCCGGUCGCCCGAGUACACCAUGGGCAUCAGCGUCGCCGGCGACCACCUGCACUUCAUCACCGAGGACCGCACGCAAGGGGGCCACAUCCUGUCGUUCGGGACGGACGGCGAGGUGGACAUCGGCGCGGCGCAGAUCUCAAAGUGGCACCUGGAGCUGCCGACCAACGACCCGGAGUUCAGCAGGGCGCCGCUGGAGGGGGACAAGGAGGGUAUCGCAGCUGUUGAGGGGUAG